UCUGUACCCAUUUAGUCGAAAAGAAUAUCAAGAAUUUUCAAACUCAAUUCCAUCCAUCAAAACAAUAAUGUUGGCAACAUUGGCAGUCGAUUAAAAUGAAGUGUUCGUAAAAACUGGGUGUGAGUCUCAAAAAAUAAAUAUGUAGGUAUAAAUUAUCCCGUAAGACGGAAUGAAAAAUAACUAUACGACAUUUUCUGGAUGUGACAAGUAUUUUUUGAUUGAACCAAAGAGUUUAAUACCUUAUAUGGAAAAGAAAAUUACGUCUAACAUUCGAUACUCAAGUACUAUAAAUAAAUUUUGUUUUUCAUCGAAUCUUCCAUUGUAAAAAGUAUAUUGGCUAAUCGACAACACUGCAUUGAGCAGUAUUUGAGUAUUGAAGAUUUUUUUGCUAUAAUAGCACUGCAAUAAAUAAAUCAUUACAUUUGGAGGAGUAAUUUAUUUUAUUACAUAAAGUUAAUAAAAAAAAAUGAUAUGGCAGCUUUAAAGUUGGAUAAUAAUGAGGAAGAUAAUUUAGAAACAGAAUCAGAAGUCAGUAGUAUUUAUCAAUAUGGAUCCGUUUUUUCAACGGUACCUGAUAGACAUGGAUUUUUAGGAGGAUCGCAGUACAGUCCUGAAAGGAAACCAGCAAUACCGUCUGUGAUAAUUUUAAGAAGAGAAAAAAAAUGGAUUCAUAUGCUAAACAAUUGGAAUUCUUUUAUGAAAAAUAAUUACCGUAAAGUUAGAGAAAGAUGUAGGAAAGGUAUACCACCAUCUGUUCGACUCAGGGCUUGGUUAAAUUUAUGUGGUGGCCAGGCGUUGAUGAAUGACAAUCCACGUUUGUAUGAGGAAUUGUUGAAACGAACUGGAGAUCCCAAGUAUCUUGAAGAUAUUAAAAAAGAUCUUCAUCGACAAUUUCCGCAACAUGAAAUGUUUGUGGACAAUGCACCUGGGCAACAGGAAUUGUUUCAAGUUCUAAAAGCGUAUUCUAUUCUAAAUAGCAAAGUGGGAUAUUGUCAAGCACAAGCACCGAUUGCGGCAUUUUUGCUGAUGCAUAUGCCUGCAGUUCAAGCUUUUUGGUGUCUUGUUGCUGUAUGUGAUAAAUAUCUAGUUGGGUAUUAUAAUCAAGGAAUGGAAACACUGCAACGUGAUGGCGAUAUUUUAUUUGCUUUAUUAAAACGAGUUUCUCCUGUUGCUUAUAAACAUUUAAAAAAACAAAAAAUGGAACCAAUUUUAUAUAUGACAGAAUGGUUUUUGUGUGUAUAUACAAGAACUUUACCUUGGGAAAGUAUUCUACGAAUCUGGGAUAUGUUUUUGUGUGAAGGUGUUAAAGUUAUUUUCAAAGUAGGAUUAGUUUUAUUAAAGGGAUGCUUAGGACGUACAUCUCUAACCAAGUGCUGUCCAACAAUGUACGAAACUCUUCAAGUUUUAAGAAAUCCUCCUCCAGAAAUCAUGGAAGAAGAAGUUUUAGUUUAUCAUAUAUUGAGACUGAAUUUAAGUGAAGAAGACUUUGAGUACGAACACCAACGACAAAGUCUCAAAAGAAAAAUGAAAGAACAAACAACUCAUAUUUCCAAUGAAAUUGACUGAAAAACGGGCAUCUAUUUAAUUUUCGAACCGUAGCUCAAAAUUUUUAUGCUGACGUUAAUCAACGGUUCAUCCAGCUGUAUUUUUAAAAAUUCGUAUUUUCUUUAAUACUUAUACAGAGAGCAUUUUUUAUUUACAUUUAAUGAAAAAAGACAUAGUUUAAUUGUAUUCAUAACUUACUAAAUGUUAUAAUUGAAGAAAUAUUUAUUGAGCGAUUCAAAAGUAGCCAGAGUCGUCUUGAAUUAGAUAGUGGCUAUUAUUUGUAUAUUAGCGUAGUAAAAAGAUAAUAUUUUUAGUUAGUUUGAAAAAUUAUAAUUUAUCAUAAAGCUUUGAGAAAAAUUUAAUAAUUUCUUCACAACUGAAGAAAUUAAAAAAUAUAAAUUUUAUAUUACUACAGUAAGUAAAAAAAUACUAAAAAACUAACAUUGUUUUUUGGAAAAUAAAAAAAAUGAUUCACAGGUUUAAGCUGUAUAAGUAGCACAUACAGUUUUAAAGCUAAUACUUUAAUUUAUUUUUUUUUUUUAUUAACAGAAAUAUAAUAAAAGCACUGGCUUUACAUCUGACAUCAUAUAUGGACAUUUUAUUUAUAAAUAAUAUUAAAAAUUUUUUAGAGUUUAUUUAAACAUGAUAUAAACAUCUGUGAUUUUCGAAGAAAUUGCACAAAUUAGUUAAUUAAAAUUUUUAAAAUGUCCAAAAGUUUCAUUCUAAUAAAUCCAAGAUUUGAUAAUAUUUUAUAAUUGGUAACAAUUUAAUAUCAGUAUCCAAUAUAAAUGACGACAAUUACAUUCGUCAUAGGUUCUAGCAAUAAUUUGAUCAACAUUAUAAAUGUGCCUUUUUUAUACUAUUCAUAAUCACAAAUAAAAUGUAUUAACUAAUA